AUGACCAACUUCAACGUCCAAAUCAUCUCCGACACCGUGUGCCCUUGGUGCUAUGUCGGCUACCGACGCCUCUCGCGCGCCAUACAAGCCCACAAAACCAGCUACCCAAAUGAUACAUUCAGCCUCACCUGGCGGGCAUUCUAUCUCAACUCCGCCUCGCCCGGGUUUCCGGGCGUGGAUAAGCAGGAGGCGUACAAGCUGAAAUUCGGUGCGGCCCGCACGGAAAUGAUGCAGCAGCGUCUAGCUUCUGUGGGUGAGGGAGAUGGAAUCUCGUUCAAGUUUGGCGGGAAGACGGGCUCGACGAGGGAUUCGCAUCGCCUGCUGUGGUAUGCGCAUCAGCAGGAACAGCAGCAAGAGAAACCCACUGCGCCUACGACCGGUGCUCCCGGCGGAUUGCAGACUCGCGUCGUGGAGAAUCUUUUCCGGGCUUAUUUCGAGGAGGAGUUGAAUAUUACGGAUCCCGCAGUGCUGGCUGAUGCUGCUGUGAAGGCGGGACUGGGUCGGGAUGAGGUGGAGAAGGUGCUUAAGGAGGAUGUUGGUGGGCCGGAGGUUGAUCGGGAGGCGAAGAGUGCGUCUCAGCAACUUGUUAGUGGGGUGCCGUAUUUCUCGAUCCAGGGGAAGUAUACCAUUGAGGGCGCGGACGAGCCGGAGAGCUUUUUGGAGGCGUUUGAACGAGUCAAGCAGGAAGAAUAG